AUGCACUAUUCUCGUACCCUAGAACUCAUACCACUUGACCCAGAAAUCGAACGUAUGUUUCAUAAGCGGAACAAAGGAAACAAAAAGCACACUUUGGUGGAACCACCACUCACACCUAUGGCAGAGGAAGCAAAAAGAGCAGUGAGGGAAUUUGGCCCCCCAGUGGCAACUCCCUUAGCGAUCCAACGUCCUGCUAUUCCAGCCAACAAUUUUGAGAUCAAACCAGCCAUGAUCACCAUGUUGCAAAAUUCAUCCGUAUUUUGUGGUCCGCCAAAUGAAGAUCCAAAUAUACAUCUUGCAAUAUUUUUGGAGAUUUGUGACACGUCCAAGUUCAAUGGGGUAGCUGACGAUGCAAUUCGUUUAAGGCUAUUCCCCUUCUCCUUGAAGGAUAAAGCCAAGCUUUGGUUACUGUCACAACCACAUGACUCCAUCCGCACUUGGGAUGAUUUAUUUAAGAAAUUCCUUGCUAAAUUUUUCCCACUAGCCAAAACUGCAAAAUUCCGACAAGAUAUUUUGUCAUUCACUCAAUAUGAUAAGGAGCCUCUAUACGGAGCCUGGGAACGAUUCAAAGAUUUAUUUGCGCAAGCCCUCAUCCAAGUUCAGAGUGCACCACAGGGAACCCAUUCGCGUCCGCUGAGCAAGUCAAUCAGGUUGGAGAAUAGUUUCCAAAAUAGCACGAUCAAUAGCCUGGAAUAA